AUGUCAACGAACCAAACUCUUUCUGCUCCAGUUGCGGGAGCAAAAUGUUUCAAGUUGAAGGCUGAGUCAAUGCUUUCUAAAACGAAAGCCUUCGAGAAGGCCCUGACUGCCGACAAGCUCCAGGAAAUGAGCGUGGAGGAAUUGGAGCUUCGUGUUCAUCGCCUGGACGAGAUCAAGACUGCCUUUUGCCAGAUCCAUGACAGACUUGAGCGGCUGGACUUUAGUGAAAUUGGUAGUAUGGUGCGCGAUGACUUCGAGGAGCUUAUCAUCUUAUCAAAAACAAGAUUGAAUAUUGAAUUGCGUAAGCGAAAAGGGUCAAAGCAUCAUAGCCUUUUGCACCCUGGCUCUCAGCCUUCGUCCGAGGUUCAGCCAGCUCCUGUGGCGGGUGAUGAGAAGAGUUCAUAUUCAAUCGGCUCUAAAACCAUUUUGCGAGACUUCUACGUUAACGAUUUGACCAUUGGAGGGCAAUCAACACAGGAGGUCCUCGAAAUCAACGACGUCCGUGAUCAAAUUCCUGACUUGGAAAAGGAAACACUCCUAAAGUUUGACGAUGGCAGCGACAUUACCAAGACACUGGGUCUUGCCUGGAACCCUGCAGCGGAUGUUCUUCGUUUUUCUUUGUCUUCCACACAGGUCUCUUCAAAGGUUUGCGAUGAGAGCUUUCCCCAGGGACUCAACACAUCAUGGCGGAAGUUGCUAUCUGACAUGCGUCGUACCCAUCAAAUGGAGAUUCUUCGACGUGCGUUAGAUGCAACAGCUGAUGGCGAACGAGAGGUGCAUCUACUUUUUUCAAAGUCUCGUGUGGCACCUUGGAAGACUCUCACGGUUUCCAAAUUUGAGUUCUGCACUGCCUUGCUACUAGCGCAACUGAUGCGGGACGUACGCAACAUGAAGCUCUUCGUUUCUGCUGAAGCGUUAUCAUCGAUAAGCUAUGAACCUUUACGAUUUCAAGUAUUUGUUACUAAUCAAGUAUCUUUCGUUAAAAAGCUAUCCAGUGGCAUAAAUAUACCGACUGACUGCAAUCCAACCGACAUCUUCUCAAUAGAAGCUUCCCCGAGAGAGCUUCUGGAAUCUGCCCUUUGGUUCAGAGGCCCAGCGUUUCUUCUCAAGAAUCAGCGCGAUUGGCCUGAAUCUUGUUUACCUGUUAAGACUCCUCCCGAGUUCAGAAAGCGCAUUUUGGUUGGCGUCUCUACCAAAGUGGAUCUACCCUUAAAACGCAAUCUCGUGAACUCCUGUCAAAAGAUGACCCACACUUUCGGAUUCGAAUACAAAUUUGGACACCGUAAAAGACGACCUGGUUUUGCCGUCAAACAUGUCAAGAUGGGCACUCAGAUGCUCAUCAGAUGUAUCCAAAUGAGCAACCUGGCUGAUGACUACUGGAGACUGCAUUCUAAGCAGCAAAUUUCAUCAUCCAGCCCGUUGUCCUCUCUAUUGCCAUUCAUCGAUAGCUUCGGUCUGAUGCGAGUUGGUGGCCGUCUACAGAAUUCGUCCUUGGAUUACAAUGCGCAGCAUCCUGUCAUACUACCACGCCAGCAUCCAGUUACACGUGCCAUUAUACUGGACUUGCAUCGGAGAAACUUGCAUUCUGGUCCACGAGCUCGGCUCGCUCACAUGCGCCUUCAGUUUUGGCCAAUAGGUGGCCGGAAAACAGUGUCAGCUGCAGCGUCCAAAUGCGUCAUUUGCUUUCGUGCCAAACCACAGCUUUCUCAACACAUAAUCGCUGACUUGCCCAAGGAUCGUGUAAACGCCACGUCUACGUCCAUGGUUACUGGUCUGGACUUCUGCGGCCCAUUUUAUUACAAAACCGGAGUUCGAAACAAGGUGCCUGUGAAAACGUACAUCUGCGUUUUCAUCUUUUUUCGCGACGAAAGCGAUCCAUCUGGAGCUUGUCCAGGAUCUUUCGACACCAACAUUUUUGGGAGCACUGAAGCGGUUUAUUCUCACCAGAGGCAAACCUGUCUGAAUAUGGUCGGAUAA